GCGGCAUCCAUCGCUGGCUCAGCAUCUCCCAUCUCAGCAUUGCAGUAUUCCAUAUCUCCACAUCCUGAAGCUCGCCAGCCACCAGUAACUUCCAUCCAACGGCCAACGCGGCGCCAAUCCAAGUUCCAUCUCCGCCUCCACCAUGUCGUCCAACAACGUUGACUAUGCCGCUCUCAUGGGCUGGACGAUGCUUCCGGCCGCUAUCUCGGCCGGCAUCUUUGCCGUCGUCGAUCUCGCCUUCAUUUUCUACUGGCGGGCGUGCCGCAUUCCCCCGGCCAGGCGCACCCUCUUCCACCUGGUUCUGUGGGCCACCUUCCGCACCGCCGCCAUGGUGUGCCGCACCAUGCUCAACUUUGACCAGUACGCCAGCAACCUCACGCUCUUUAUCGUCACCGAGCUCCUGAUGAGUUUGGCCAUGUUCCCCCUCAUCCGCAUCACCAUCGCCAACCUCUUCAAGGUCAACGAGUCGGUCAUCUUCCUGAAGCAUGCAUUCAGCGAGCAGUACAAUGCCGGAGGCCGUCGAAACCACUCGACCCUCGGCCGCCGAGAACUUGCCGGCCUCAAGCGGCUCCAGGACAUGACCUCCAUCGUCAUUCUCUUGGUCGUGGUCGAUCUGAUUGCCGCCAUCAUCUGGAUCAUGAACACGCCCGCCGGCACCCCUCCCGACCCGACUGCCGUCACCAUGCGCCUGGGCGGCACCUGGGCCGUCGCCGGAAUCAGCUGGCUUGAGCUGCUCGCCGCUGGUUACACCCUGAUGGUGUCGCAGGCACUGCCCUUCCAGGCACGCACGGGCUCCUUUGUCGUGUCGUGCUCGCAGAUCCUGAUCUACCAGUCCCUGGCGCUCACCGUCCGCACGGGCUACAAGCUGUACUCGGUCGGCGUAUUUGGUCCGGCUCCGGUGACUGUGCCCGAAAUCAUCUUCUUCACCCUCGACCUGCUGCCCGAGCUCCUGUUUGCGCUUCCGUUCCUGAUGCCCAACCAGGUCGAAAAGAUGGAGCCCAUUACCGACGAGCAAAAGGACGGUCUCUUGGCUGGUGCCUAAAGCUGGUGCCUUUCCGGACAUGCAAAGACCGUCCACAUUCCCGCAUCUCGCUUGGUGAACAAGGUCAUGGGCGCUUGAGCCGAUGAGCACAGGUCGGUCAAACGGUCACCACCACAGCGAGCCGCGGAGGAAGGAACGAGUCCCAAAAGUAUCCGCGACGCAACGAUGAUCGACGCAUAAUAUAAAGAAUAUGCUGCAGUG